UUAUGUUUUCGUCUAGUCACACCAUUUUUUGAGGUUCUCGCGUUUGUACAAAAAUAAUGUUUUAGUUUCAUAACCAGUAAUAUUUAAUGCUUAUACUAAUGUAGUUUAAUAUUUGUAAUAUUCUGCAAUAACUAAAUCCAAAUACAAGAAAUACCGUUUGUACUGAAAUAUAUUUUUUUAAUUUAACGGGUAGAAAUAUAAAACAUGUGAAAAGGGCUAUUACUAGGGAAAGCAACACGGCUCUGCCAAUGUACUGACAAUUUUGUUUCGAGCCCAUGCAUGUAGCAGUGAUGACAUUGUAGUACAUUUUUUUCAGCAACAAAAGUCACAUGCAAUUUUGGUAUACAAUCAAAAUAAAGUAGAUUAAACAUUACUACUAUGGUUCCUAUUACUGGGUCAUUUUAAGUUCAUGUGUAAAAUUUAUUAGAAUAAACAAAAUUGUUGCGUGGAACUAGACGAACUAAUGUGCAUCAGGGCUCGUAUAUACUCCAGUUGUAAUUGAAUUUAAAGUUGUUUUACAAGUAAAACUUUUUAAUAUCGUUCAGCUACGUGAAGAACGAAUAUUCUUUUAAAGGCAAAUUAGACGCCCCGUUUGAUUUUCGGUGUCUUAAUUUAAGUUUUUAUCAGUUUACGUCCAUGAAAAAUGUGCAAUGAAGGGAACUGUAAUUGUUUCGAAUUUGUCAAAGGCCAAAAUAAUAAUCGACGACCUUGGAUCCAUGUGGAGGACCACUGGCCUGACGAAAACCCAACUGAUGAAGAAAGGGGUCAUGCUAAAGAGGCUGAACCUUUGUAAUGCAGUGUUCUACUGGAUGAACAUCAUAGGGACAUGGCAGUACAUUUUGGUGCCAUUAUUCGAGACCCUAUUUCGUAAUUUUGUACUGGGACAGGACAAACUCUUGUUUCCCUUCAUAUGCAGCCUACCGUAUGACGCAAAGAGGAAUUGGAUGGUCUAUUUAGGGACGUACUUUUGGGAAUCGUACAGUAUGCUUCAUUUAAUAUACAUGUAUCUCGGCGUCGAGUUUUUAAUGAUAACUUUAUGCUCACACCUCGCCACUGAGUUUGAAUUGCUUCGCGAAGAAAUGCUCCACGCAAAACCAAUCUUGGAACAUACUGAAAAUACAAGCUAUAAAGACUAUAUUGGCGCAACGCUAUCUUGUUCUAACAAUGAAGAUGUUGAUGCUAUUGAUUAUUUUGAAGAGGACAUUACAAACGAAAUUCGGGCGGAUGAACAUGGACCGAGGAUACAAGAAGUUAUAAAACGACAUCAGAAAUUAAUAAUGUUGUCAGAGCUUCUAGACGACAUUUUUAAUCGCAUGAUCUUCUUCAAUCUGCUCUUCGCUACCAUCACUAUUUGUUUCUUCGGAUUUGUUGCCAAGAUUGCGCGGGAUCCUCCAGAAAUGGCAAAUAACUUUGUUGGUGUUGUGGCCUCCAUGAUACCUAUAUUCAACCUAUGCUAUUAUGCAGAGUUACUGUCUGGAGCAAGUGCCGGGGUCGCAGACUCUGCUUAUCAUAACCUAUGGUACGAAGGGGAUACCCGAUAUCAGAAGAUCAUUAUCUUUAUAAUUGUGAGGUCUCAACAGCCAUGCUGUUUGACAUCUAUGAGAUAUGCGCAAGUUACUUUGAAUACUUUUACUACGGUGCUGAGUACUACGUGGUCAUAUUUCUCGCUAGCAAUCAGUGUAUAUGAACCGUAAAUAUAUAAUAUAAGUUAUAGGGUCUCUAUUGUUACCCAAAUAGUUUUAAGUCAUAAUGUACAUAUUGUUUGUCCGAAUUUUCGUUAGUCAUAAUUGGUUUUUCUCAGAAAUGCGUAACUUUUCAGGAUUGCCAUAAAACAAACCUAACCUAACCUAACCUAUCUAUUGAAUAACCUUACGAAAAUCCUGAAAAGUUAACGGUUUCAGUUUUAUGACUAACGAUAAUAUGACAAACAAUACAUUAUAUGACAUAAAAGUUUAUGGGAAACAAAAGGACCCCAUAACUUAUAUAAUAAACCUGAGUAGGUUUAUAAAAUUGUAUAUAAUAAAGAUAGUAAAAGAGAUAACGCUUUCAACAACUUUGUAAUUAAUAUUAUAUUAUUAUAUUAGAUAACACUAUCCUUUCAGUUCAGUCUCUAGAAAUGUUCCACACUGUAUUAUUAUUGACUUAAAAUAAAGUAGUCGUAAGUAUUUAGACACGAGUAUUAUAUUUCUAAGCCUUUUAAUUUAAACAACGGAUGUGCUUGUACACUUAAAACUUUUCUAAUUUGGACAUUCGCGACACAUUUUUUCGUCCGUUUUAUUUCGUUCCGGUUUAAUUAAUUCUGCUCUAAGUGGAAUUCCUUUUAAUUAUUCCAAUACGACCGGCCGCUGUUUUAUUUUUGAUCGCAAUAAAGAAACAAUUUGGUAAAACUUUGUUGCCGAUCAGUGGGAAUGUCAACUGAAUUUUGUUGUCUCCUGUUUUAUUGAUUAAGUAUAUUUUUAAUGAGAUAAAUUAGCACGGUUGCUUUUUGUUCCAAUGCCUUGGAAGUUUUUUAUGUAUUAUAAUAUGUUUUUAUUCUUUUUUACUUUCUUGAAAGACUAGAAGUGACAAUAAUUAUUUUAAGUGGUCGAUCUUUAAUAAAAUAAAAUAUCCAAAUGUUUA